AUGCACCUAAAAAGGAAGCAGAUCCAACGCGACAUAGAGCUCAGUGAGAUGUACCAGGAAGAAGAGGAAGCCGAGAGGAGGAGGCGGCAGCUGAGGGAGAUAGAAGAACAGCAGGAGGCGCGGAUUCUAGAGGGGUGGGCUUACAUGGCGGUGGGGGCACCAGAAGGGGUAAAUGUGCAGGAGGUACGGCCACCAGACGGGGAGAAGAACCUACUCACGGAGAAGCCAAACCGGGAGAGGGGCCCUGAAGAUGACUGGCCCAUAGGCGCGGGGAUGGGGACAGAGACGGCUCGAGCAUUGCAGGAGCUAUUCGGGGGUUCAUUACCUGCCAUAUCCCCUUCCCACUUGCUAUAUCCCAACCCCACCUGCCACAUCCCCACCCCACCUAACCAUAUCCCCAUCCCCCCUGCCAUAUCCCCACCCCACCUGCCAUAUCCCCACCCCACCUGCCAUAUCCCCACCCCACCUGCCAUAUCCCCAUCCCACCUGCCAUAUCCCCAUCUGCCAUAUCCCCACCCCACCUGCCAUAUCCCCACCCCACCUGCCAUAUCCCCACCCCACUUGCCAUAUCCCCACCCCACCUGCCAUAUCCCCAUCCCACCUGCCAUAUCCCCACCCCACUUGCCAUAUCCCCACCCCACCUGCCAUAUCCCCACCCCACCUGCCAUAUCCCCACCCCACCUGCCAUAUUCCCACCCCACCUUCCAUAUCCCCACCCCACCUGCCAUAUCCCCACCCUACCUGCCAUAUCCCCAACCCACAUGCCAUAUCCCCACCCCACUUAACCAUAUCCCCGCCCCACCUGCCAUAUCCCCACCCCACCUGCCAUAUCCCCACCCCACCUGCCAUAUCCCCACCCCACCUGCCAUAUCCCCACCCCACCUUCCAUAUCCCCACCCCACCUGCCAUAUCGCCACCCCACCUGCCAUAUCCCCAUCUGCCAUAUCCCCAUCCCACCUGCCAUAUCCCCACCCCACUUGCUAUAUCCCAACCCCACCUGCCAUAUCCCCACCCCACCUCCAUAUACCCACCCCACCUGCCAUAUCCCCACCCCACCUGCCAUAUCCCCACCCCACCUGCCAUAUCGCCACCCCACCUGCCAUAUCCCCACCCCACCUGCCAUAUCCCCACCCCACCUGCCAUAUCGCCACCCCACCUGCCAUAUCCCCAUCCCACCUGCCAUAUCCCCACCCCACUUGCUAUAUCCCAACCCCACCUGCCAUAUCCCCACCCCACCUCCAUAUACCCACCCCACCUGCCAUAUCCCCACCCCAUCUGCCAUAUCUCCACCCCACCUGCCAUAUCCCCACCCCACCUGCCAUAUCCCCACCCCACUUGCUAUAUCCCAACCCCACCUGCCAUAUCUGUUAG